UGAACAUUUGUUUAGGUACGGUUGACGUUUGAGAGGCAGAAGAGUUCAAACACCGAAACAUUUCUCUGUUUUCAAGCGCAGGUAACAGUGACAAGCAGUGGAGAUCAUGUCUAUCCAGGACCGCAUUCCCCAACAGGGGAACACAGUUGGUCCCGAUCUUGUGAACAUUGAGGUCACGCGGAACCACUCGGAGCUCUUCAGAGCAGAAUGUGUGAGGCUAAUGCAGGAAACUGACAAAGCAUGCAAACGCAUGCAAACUGAUGAUAAAAAGCGACUUGAUCAGCGAGUAAGAGACAUCCAGUUUCUGAAGAGGGAGUUGGAGCUGAAGUUGGAGGAGAUUAUUCUGGAGAUUGAUGUUCUCAUAGCGUUGCAGAGCCGAGUGGGAAAAGCCCUGGAGGCCUGCAGAGAGCCUCUGAGAGUCACAGUGGUCUGCCUGGAGGAGAGAAGGAAGCGUGUUCCUUCUGAGAGACUACACGACGAGGUGGACAGAGAGCUGCUGAAGGAGAGGGAGGUUAUUGAAGGAGUGGCUUCCCUUCUGCAGAGAGUAGCAGAGCAGAUCACUGAGCAGAUACGAUUGGACCGAUCCGCCAAGUACAAGCUGGAGCAAGAUCUGAAGGAGAAAUUUGAGGCUCAGAGCAUCGACAACUCCUGUGCUUUAAUGACCACUCAUCCCAUCAACAACCUGCAGAGGUCCAAAAACAAUGAAAUUGUUCUACCAAGUUUGACAGUGACUCCGAAGCAGUGGGAGAACAUCUCGGACCUCAACAUCACCAAGGCGGAGCAGCAGAAGACCAACUCUCUGUCUCUGCGGGCCCUGGUGGAGUCUCUCCUGGAGCAGACAGCCGCUGACAUGCAGAAGCAGGUCCAGGCCACAGCAGCAGCCUUCCAGCUGAACAUCCAGGAGAUCAAGUGUUCAAAGAGCCAGAUGGAGGAUCAAUUGGCCAAGGUGCUGUCUGAAUCUGCCAGGCUGAAGAGGAUCAGAGACGAUCUGCAAGUGUCCAUCUCAGACAACGAGCAUGUCCUGAGCCUGGCCCAGGCCCGGCUGACUCUGCGCCGCCAGAGGCCCGGGAAAGAGCAAUGCUAUGAUCCAGUGCAGGCCCAGCUCCUCGCAGAGGUCGAGCAGCUCACCGCUCACAUCAGCAAACUGCUGGAAGCAGCGGCCCAGUCAGAAGAGGAGCAGAGGGCGUUGGAUCGCUGCCAGCUCGACCUGCAGGAGAACAUCGAGAUGAAGGCGAGCUCUCUUUACAUCGACGAGGUCAUCUGCGCCCAACACAGGGAGCCCAUUGUCAUACACAACUUCUGAGAGGGUCUCCUGUACCUAAACAAAGUAUUUGUUUCUAUAAACUUUACUUUAUAUUACACAUGUGAAUUUAUUUCUCUUUCAUUUGGUAUGAUCUCAGUUUUUAUUAGUGUUUUCUUCAUUAAGUUCACAGUGAGACUUGUUUUUGUGCUUUCUAACAAUCUCUCAGUAAUAGUUUUACUUUCGGUGCUUGAAAGAGAGACAGGUGCAUCUCAAUAAAUUAGAAUAUCAUAGAAAAUUUUAUUUAUGUCAGUAAUUAAAUUCAAAAAGUGGAAAUAACACAUUAUCUAGGUCCAUUACACACAGAAUGAAACAUUUCAUGUCUUAAUUUAUUUAAUUUCUUCUAAUUAUAAUGAUUAUGGCUUACAUUUAAUGGAGACCUACAGUUCAGUGUCUCAAAAAUGUAAUAUUGCAAAAGACUAAUUAUAAUUAAAGUAUGUUUAAUAUGGAAAUGUUGGCCUCUGAAAAGUAUGUCAUCUAUAUGACUCAAUACUUGGUUGGGGCUGUUUGACUUGAACUACUGGAAAUUGACUUUUCCAUGAUAUUCUAAUUUAUUGAGUUGCACGUGUAUAUAGGCUACUUGUGUACAGAACCCCAAUCACACUCCUUAAAUAUGUCAUUGGAACUUGCUUCUGCAGUAUGUUAACAUGUUUUUAAAAUAAUUGCACUUCUGAUUUAGACAGGUAAACUUUAUGCCAACUUUGGCAGCUCCUCAUCUAUUUCUACAUUUAUUUUUCUACUGUGCAAGUUGGCCAAUAUGCUGCUGACUCAAAGAAUUGUAAGCAAUUGGCAUUAAGGUUGAAUAGCUGUAUUUGUAUUUAACAAAAGGAACACUGCACCUUUUCUUUGUGCAACAUUAUGCACACAUCUGGUAAACAUCCAAAUCCCCAAAAUACUCAGUUUACUUAUGGAAGAGUAAAAGAAAACCAGCAACGUCUUGUUUGUAAUCAGAAACAGUGAAUUUUUGGCUUUUCUUUUUCCAAAAAAAGAGGCAUUAUCCAAAUGUUUACAGAUUAAUUUUCUGUCCAUCAAGUAAUUAUUGGAUUGUUGGUUUAGCUGUAUUUAUAUCUUGUGGAGAAAACCCAUUAAAGUUGUCUUUAUAACUCA